UAUAGAAAUAUAUUUUUGCAGUUGGGUUGAGACCUUUGGACAUGAAGGACUUGGAUUAUUAUUGGACAUCUUGGAAAGACUGGUUGAAACAAAACAACAGGACAAGAUUCUGAAGAAGCUACAGCAUAAGAUAAUUCAGUGCUUGAAAGCAUUUAUGAAUAACAAGUAUGGUUUGGAAAGAAUAAUGGGUGAAGAAAGAAGUUUUUCAUUAUUGGCCGAAACAAUUGAUCCCAGACAAAUCAGCAUGAUGACUGAUGCAGUUAAACUUCUGUCUGCAAUAUGUAUUAUUGGAGAGGAAAACAUCCUUGAAAAAAUUUUGAAAGCCUUGACUACAGCUGCAGAAGAGAGAGGUACUGACCGAUUUUGCCCCAUUCUGAAGGGUCUUGAGGAGAAUUCAGUCCAUCUGCAAAUAGCUUGUAUGCAGUUCAUCAAUGCCCUGAUUACAACUCCUGAUGACCUGGACUUCAGACUCCAUAUUCGAAAUGAAUUUAUGCGAUGUGGAUUGAAAGAGCAACUGCCGAUGCUAAGAUGUAUAAGGAAUGAUGCUUUGGAUAUCCAGCUGAAAGUGUUCAGUGAACACAAAGAAGAAGAUAUGAUUGAAUUUUCUCACCGUUUAGAUGAUAUCAGAUCAGAAUUCGAUGAUGCAAAUGAUGUUUAUAAUAUACUGUGGAAUACUGUUAAGGAUACAAAUGCAGAGAGCCACUUCCUUUCUAUACUGCAACAUCUCUUGCUGAUAAGAAACGAUCAUUUUAUACGACCUUUGUAUUUCAAGUUAAUCGAAGAGUGUGUUUCACAGGUAGUCUUACAUCGAAGUGGUCUGGACCCAGAUUUUAGUUACCGAAAAAGGCUGGAUGUAAAUUUCAGUCACAUACUGGAUAUCUGUAUUGAACAGAAGAAAAUGGAAGAACUUGAAGGAAAAGCUUCAGAAUUCUCGAAAAAGUUUGAAAAAGAGUUUGUAGCUCAUCAAGAGACAAAGGCACAGCUUCAGAAGACUGAAGAAAAGAUUAGUCUCCUUGAAGCUGGAAGAAAAGCUUAUAAAAAUGAGAAUGGCUCAACUAAUGCUUGUCUGCUGACAUCUGUUGAAGGACCCACACAUCUGGUUCCAUCAGCUGAUGCCCCAUCAGAUUUACAACCAGCUUUAGGAUCGUCCACUGGGAGUAUUCCACCUCCACCUCCUCCACCCCCAUUACCACCUUCCUUCGCUAAUGGUUCAAAAAACCAUCCUUCUUUGGGUAUUCCCCCACCCCCACCUAUGUUACAUGGACUGCCUGGAGGCCAGUGCUCUCCUCCUCCUCCUCCUCACGUGCUGCCUUUUGGACUGAAGCCUAAAAAAGAGUUUAAGCCUGAAGUGACCAUGAAAAGACUCAACUGGUCCAAGAUUAGACCACAUGAAAUGACUGAAAACUGUUUCUGGAUAAUGGCAAAUGAUGGAAAGUAUGAAAGUACUGAUCUGCUAUGCAAGCUGGAACUUACCUUUUCUUGUCAGAAAAAUGCAAAGAGACAUGAAGGUUUUGAAGAGAAGAAACCUAUUAAGAAACGAAUCAAAGAACUCAAAAUCCUGGAUCCAAAGAUUGCACAAAACCUUUCUAUUUUCUUAGGUUCUUUUCGAGUACCUUAUGAAGAAAUAAAAAUAAUGAUUCUGGAAAUAGAUGAAACCCAGCUAUCAGAAUCCAUGAUCCAGAAUUUAAUAAAGCAUCUUCCUGAACAAAAACAACUCAACGAAUUAUCCAAGUUGAAGAAUGAAUAUAAGAGUUUGUCUGAACCAGAGCAGUUUGCUAUUGUGAUGAGCGAUGUAAAGAGAUUGAAACCACGGUUGAGUGCUAUUCUUUUUAAGCUUCAGUUUGAGGAACAAGUGAAUAACAUCACGCCUGAUAUUAUGGCUGUCAGCGCAGCCUGUGAAGAGAUAAAGAAGAGCAGAAGUUUCAGUCAGCUUCUGGAACUAGUCCUGUUAAUGGGAAACUAUAUGAAUGCUGGAUCGCGAAAUGCACAGACUUUUGGAUUUAACCUCUGUUCCUUAUGUAAAUUAAAGGAUACCAAAUCAGUUGAUCAGACGAUAACACUGCUUCAUUUUCUGGUUGAAAUCUGUGAAGAAAAGUAUCCUAAUGUUUUGAGCUUUCUUGAAGACUUGCAGCACUUAGACAAAGCAAGUAGAGUUUCAGUAGAGAGCUUGGAAAAGAGCCUGAAACAGAUGGAAGGGCAGCUCAAACAACUUGAGAAGGAUUUGGAGACCUUUCCUCAAUCUGAAGAUACACGUGACAAAUUUGUGACAAAAAUGUCCAGCUUUCUCAUUCAAGCAAAAGAGCAGUUCCAGAAACUUUCUAGGAUACACCAUAGCAUGGAAAAACUAUACCGGGACAUCAUGGAAUAUUAUGCCAUUGAUUUAAAGAAAGUUUCAGUAGAAGAAUUUCUAACUGACUUGAACAACUUCAGAACAAUGUUCAAGCAAGCAGCAAAGGAUAAUAUGAGAAGGAAAGAAGCAGAAGAAAAGCAGAGACGUGCUAGAAUAGCUAAAGAAAAAGCAGAAAAAGAAAAACGGGAAACGCAACAAAAGAAGAAGCACCUGCUAGAAAUGAAAACAGAGAAUGAUGAGACAGGCGUGAUGGAUAGUUUGCUGGAGGCUCUGCAGUCCGGCGCUGCUUUCCGUGACCGAAGAAAGCGGACACCCAAGUUUAAAGAUGUACCAGAGAAUUUCAGCUCUACCUCUGCAGCGCCUGUUUUGAAACCUUGUAACCACGUUAUGGCUGGUAACCGUUGCAAGAAACAGCCGAGCGACCGACAGUAUUGAGCAAAG